AUGAAGCUCUCGAUCGCAGUCUUAUCGGCUCUUGCAGGCCUCUCUACAGCCGAAUUUUGGGUUGGACGAAUCCUUACCACCCCAAACGCCAUAUGCGUUGGCAUGGGAACUUGUUCAAGGCCAACGGUCAGAAAGGACACCUACAUCAUCCGUGGGGACGAGAAGGAGGACUGUAAAGCUCUUGGGAAACGUUCCGUGGAGAAUGGCUUCUUCGUCGAUCCACUUUGCCCGGGCAACGAGGCUGGCGGCAAACCCUUUCAACUGAAAGGCGGCAACGUGUGCACUCAACCGGACAGAACAACCUUCUACUUCCGCGUCUCWACGACCGACAAUCAGAAGCUGGAUGUCUCAUUCACCCCGGGCUUUGAGAAUAUCGUCGCUUUCUGCCAUAAGGAGAAGAAAUGUGGUGAUGAGCAGAGGAAGACUUGUUCGCAUGUUGGGUCUAGUACGGAUGUUCUGUAUGAGUACCGAUGCGAUGCGGCGAAUGGGUCUAGCUGUUAG